CUAGUUAUAACGGCGGUUGGGUUCAAAUCGUCAAGGAAUCAUAGCUAGAUCAUUGCCAGGAUUAGAGAACGUGGAGUCGAAUGUAUUUCAACAUGUCAAACCCGCAAGUGGUACUAGUUAAUUACGCUCGCAACGUGCGUGAAUGAAUUAUUGGCAAAAGUAAUUGACCCGAGGGUUGGGAGUUUGCAGCCAAAUCGGCUUUGCGAGUCCUAAGUCGAACCUCAGUCAGGGUAUCGAUCUUUCAAGCCGCAUGGAUGUCGCCCAGCAACAAGCCCAGGACAUCGUUGCCCAAACCGAAGGCGACGAUGCUGUGAUCGAACAGUUUCACGAGAUCUGCAAUAAGAGAUUUAGUUAUACUUCGUGUAUCAGGUUUUACAAGAUCGAUAUCGUGCUCCGCAAUGCAUCAUACCUUCUUGCUACUGCCCCCAAGACACCCGGCUCUGAACCGGCCUCCGAGUCAGUGAUGCAGCCACUCUCCCUUGGCACAAUCCGCGAUCUUCUUUCAGAAAUCUCCAAUAACACCAAAAUGCCUGUACCAGAACCUAGAAGCUUCGAUGAUUCCCUCGCACGUUACCCAUUCCAUUAUCUCCUCCUCCGCCUGCCCUCACCAAACGCCCAGUCCCUCUCAUCGCUGCGAUCGAGCGGAACUCUCACUCCGCUCCAAGAUACUCUUCUGGACCUUAAGUUAGGAACUUUCCUUCAUUCCAUGCACUCACUCCAAAACGAUUGGUUUGGUGUCCCAGGAACACAGCCAGAUGAGGAACUAUGCUAUAGCUGGCAGGAUACAUUCAUGCUGCUCCUUGAUGGGCUGUUAUGCGAGCUUGAAAGCUCUGGAGAGAUGCAAAAGACGUUGGUGGAGGAAAUAAGGCGAUAUCUAUCCCGCGCCAUUGGGUCAUUUUUAUUUGAAGACGCAGAAGUGCCUACAUUGGUCUGGCUGACAGGUUCGGCGGACGAUGUGUAUGUCCAAGUUUCGGAGCCUUGUGGGCCGAACCAGGAAGAGAGAGUUGACAUUGCAUAUGUGCUGCCGACAUUUGAUCGGGUGGUGUGGGGAGACCCGAUGUUGGAGGCAUUUUUUAUGCCGCCAGGGCCAAGCAAAGCGUUGGAAGAAGGGUACCUGGAAGGAGAGGGCGGUACGUUGAUAGUUUUCCCGAGGCAGAGAACGAAGAGGAUGUGGUACACGCUGUUCUUAGCUCUAGUUGUACUGGUAGAAGUUAGGAGAGAUAAGGAAAAGGGGGAAGGGGACAACAAAACGCAUGAAAAGCUCUAUUGGGCAAGGGAGAUUCUCCCAAGAUGCGUUGAGGCGUUGAAGGAUGCACCCUGUCACUAGAAUGAUACAAGUACCAAAGUCCUGUAACUCUAGAGUUCAGCUAUAUAUCUGAAGCAAAAAUAUAGACGUUAUACCUGCCGAUAGGUAUAUCAUGACGAAGCAUUAGCAGAGGCCAUUUCAACAUCUACUAGUAC